GGCUAGCGCUAUAGUAUCGUCAAAGAUAAAAAUGCUCGUACCAGCUGGUAAUGCAAGACCAACACCACCAAUAGGGCCAAUUUUAGGACAAAGAGGAUUAAAAGCAAUAGAUUUUUGUAAACAAUUUAAUGAAUUUACAAAAAAAUAUGAAGUAGAUACACCAAUUCCAACGAUACUCACAAUGCAACCCGAUCGUAAAUUUACAUUUUCUUGUAAUAUGCCGCCAACAACUUGGCUAUUGAAAAGAGCUGCUAAAAUUGAUAAAGGUGCAGCAAAGCCAAAACAUGAAAUUGCUGGUAAAGUUAGUUUAAAACAUAUUUAUGAAAUUGCUAAAAUUAAACAAAAUCAAGAUAAUAUGAAGGAUUUUGAUUUAAGAUCCAUUUGUAAAAGUAUUGUUGCUACUUGUGGUAGUAUUGGAAUUGAAGUUGUACCAUAAUUAUCUUAAAGAAGAAAACUUAAACUAAGAGGAGACUACAAAAGGGGUGUUAGGUUUUAUUUAGAGCCUUGGAUGAAGAAACUUUCGAGAGGAAGCGUAUUCUCGAAGGCUAUGUAAAGCUAAAUGAAAGAACAAAAACAGCAAAACAAAAUACGGGAAAUUUAUUAAUCGUAAUUGUAAAAUAAUUACAUUGCCGAGAUAAAAAUAUGAUUUUUUAUUAGAAAUUCUUAUCAGUGUUUAGAAUAAUUAUUAAAAUAAAUUAUCUAUAAAU